AGGCAUAUUGGCAGUCCAAUUGUGAAUGCCAGAGCUGUCCAAACCCAGAACCCAAGCAAGCUUACUUUCGCAUUUUGGAGGCCUUCCAAAUGAUCAAAAUUCCUGAACAGAGCAAGUAGUAGAAGCAUUAGUAAUAGAAGCACAGAGAUAUCCUGCUUUAGCUUUGAAGUCUGAAGCUUUGACAAUACAACAAUGGAACGGUAUGAUAUAAUCAAAGAUAUUGGGUCGGGCAACUUUGGGGUGGCAAAGCUGGUGAGGGAUAAAAGGAGCGGUGACUUAUAUGCUAUCAAGUUUAUUGAGCGAGGCAUAAAGAUUGAUGAGCAUGUCCAAAGGGAGAUCACAAACCAUAGGUCCUUGAUGCAUCCCAAUAUCAUUCGAUUCAAAGAGGUGUUGCUCACUCCGUCCCAUCUUGCCAUAGUGAUGGAAUAUGCCGCUGGAGGAGAACUCUUUGAAAGAAUAUGCAAUGCGGGUAGAUUCAGUGAAGACGAGGCAAGGUAUUUCUUUCAGCAGUUGAUUUCUGGAGUCAGCUAUUGCCAUUCAAUGGAAAUUUGCCACAGAGAUCUUAAGCUGGAAAACACACUCUUAGAUGGCAGCACAGCACCCCGACUCAAAGUUUGCGACUUUGGCUACUCAAAGUCAUCUGUUCUGCACUCUCAGCCAAAAUCUACUGUAGGAACCCCUGCUUAUAUUGCACCGGAGGUUUUGUCACGAAAGGAAUAUGAUGGAAAGGUUGCAGACGUUUGGUCUUGUGGUGUGACCUUAUAUGUCAUGCUGGUUGGUGCUUAUCCUUUUGAAGAUCAUGAAGAUCCUAAAAACUUCAGAAAAACACUUCAGCGGAUUCUCAGCGUCCACUAUUCUGUACCAGACUAUGUUCGCAUCUCAAAAGAGUGUAAACACCUUCUAUCUAGAAUAUUUGUGGCCGACCCAGAGAAGAGAAUUACGAUUCCAGAAAUCAAAAUGCACCCGUGGUUCCUGAAGAACUUGCCGCUAGAAUUUAUGGACGAGGGUGGACAAAGUGGGAUGCAAGAAGACUCAGCGAACGAUUCAUGCGGGAGGCAGAGCAUUGAAGAAAUAUUGAGUAUAAUUCAAGAAGCUCGAAAAGCAGGGGAUCAAGGCCAAAAAGUUGGCGGUCAGUUCGUUGGGGUUGGAAGCAUGGAUCUCGAUGACAUGGAUACUGAUGCUGACAUUGAUGAUUUAGAGGCAAGCGGCGAUUUUGUCUGUGCUUUAUGAGUGCUGCUUCCUGCUUGGCACUCUCAAAAAGCAGCUUCAGAUAACCUGUUCUUUCAUUCUCUCCAAAGCCUUUCUUCAAUGGCUUCGCAAUUCUGGUUUUCAUGUUAUUGGAACUUGCUUGCAUUGUCCUCUUUCUUCUCUUGUAAAAGUGGGAAUAACAAGAUCUUUGGGUUUACUAUGCAAAUAGGUAUUCU